CGUCAACGCCCUGCACCUCUUUCUUGCAAAACUCGACUUCAUUUGAAAUUGUAUAAUCAAAUUACUGAACAAGCUGAUCAUUAUCGACAGGUACGCAUCGCGUCACCCCUCGCUUUUCAAUUUUCAUACAAACAUGAUUAUGAUCUCCUCCCCAGCAGCUUCAUCAUGUUUCGCACUUCGACAGACUGAGCUACGGAUCUGUGAAUUCUCUCGAAAGUUCCAUAUCUUUCAACAAAGAAGGAGUUUUUUCUUGUUUCACUUGUAACCAACACAACAUCAAGUUUUGGCCUACUGAAUUCUUUUCGCCUUGCAGACGUGAACCAAGAACCAUGUCGGCCAAGCAGAAAGAGGCCCUGGCGCGCCUUUAUGCGAAGCAGCAGAAGAAGCCCGCGGGCGACAUUGCUCCUGCCGCGCCCGCUGCAUCCGAACCUCCCAGCGUGGGUGCCGGACCCGCACCCUCCAGCGCCGAUCCCUUCAACCCGGACAACAAGGAUAAAUGGCAGCAUGAUGGGUACCAGAAUCAGCAGAAAGGGUACUGGAACGGCAACAAGGGCAAGGGCAAGAACGGGAAGGACGACCGCGAGAACCCCAGCAGCUUUUUCUGGCGGUACUACGACCCGGACUGCGGCAUGGCCAAGGCGGAGUGGGAGCGUGAGCGCAAGCGGAAGCGGCAGGAGCGCCAGGCCAUGGAGUACCUCGCGCAGGCCGAGACUAUGGGCAGUCUGGAGCCGAAGGCGGUGUUAUGGAGAAAAAAAAGUUUGUCAGAGUUACUAACUUGCAGGCUUUGCAUUACAAAUUUUCUCAGCAUCACAAACUUUCCUUGUAUUGCAGAAACACUAGGGAAAUCCCUCAUGAAGUUUGGCUGUGAUGCAUUUUUACGCAUGACAAACAAUUUUGUAUUGCAAGAAUGCGCAUGAGUGAUCGUGACGAACUUUUUUUCUUCGAUAGGUGUCCGAUGAGGACUACUGGGCGGCGAUCUUCGCCCGGGAGGAGCGUGAGAUCAAGAUGAAGAGCAUCGACGGGUAUCAACCGCAAAUAUGUCUGAGUCUGGAAAGAUGCAAGGUUUGUCAUGCUCUACCAGCAUGAUUCUCAGGUUUGUCAUGCAGAUCACCCAAAUGCUCAAUUUUUCUGUCAUGCAGAGCCCCAGUUUCUCAUGCAGAAUAGACAACACCGCAGAAACAUGAACAUCUCCAAAACUUGUCAUGCUUGGCAGCCAAUUGAGGCGUGCUCCUCGUUGUCCAACCACCAUCACAAGUUUCCAGACCCAGACAUAUUUGCAAUGCAUAACGGGAACCUGAUCUACGGGAAGAUUGUGAAGCGCAAGGAGAUGUACGACACGACGGUGGAGUUGCAGUUUGACUACGACAAAAACGCGAAGUUCAAAAAGAAGACGCGGACCGAGGACCACGAUAUGCAGCAGCAGCGGAGCAAGAUCGAGCUGCCGCAACGGAUGCAGCAGUCAGAAUUUCUCGGCUGGGGGCGGUCGUCGAACCGGGCGAAGGGCGACUGGGACCACUUGAGCAAGGACAAGAUGAAGGGCGCCAUGAACCGGGAUCGCGACGACGACAGUCCGCGGUUCGGGAAAUCCAAGGGCAAGGGAAAGCGCGGCGGUUCGCGGUCUCGGUCCCGCGGACGUGGCGACGGAAAGGGAGGCUCGUCCUACGGUGGCGGCGCGUCCUCGUCUUCGCGACCCUGGGGCGGGGAUAGUAACAAUUACCGGGGGCGGGGAGACCACUACAACGCGGGUCCCUGGGACGAUCGCAAGGGCGGCAAGGGGAAAGGCGGGUACGGCGACGGUGGCAAGGGGGACAGUAGUUCUUACAGCCGGCCUGCGACAAAUCACGACAACGCGCUCGAGAGCCACAUGGGCGAAAUCACACUAGACGAUCUGUGAUGAAGUUUGAUAGAGUUUUCUCAUUUCUUAUUUGAGCGAAACACAAAGCGUUUGUAGCGCGACGAAGGAACAAUGCGAAUGGCGACAAACGAAGUCCUUACCAACCUCUGCGACAAUAGAAUUCUUGGGCUUGUCGCCACGGAAGAAAAACCUGUUUUGAAGAAGUUUAUCCUUGACGAAGCGGUGUCGACAAAGAAGACCCUUCUAGUGCGUAUCCUAACGCAAAGUGAAUCUUUGAUAUUACCUCAU